AUGGGGCGCAAGAAGCGCAGAGGAGCGACUUUGAAGCCGUUCUGCUACUACUGCGAUCGAGAAUUCGACGACGAGAAAGUCUUGAUCCAACACCAGAAAGCCAAGCAUUUCAAGUGCACACAAUGUGCAAGGAAACUGGACACAGCGACGGGUCUGGCCGUGCAUCUGCUUCAGGUUCACAAGGAGCAGAUCGACGCCGUCCCCAAUGCGCUGGCGGGGCGAGACAUGGUUGAGCUCAUUGUCCACGGAAUGGAGGGCGUUCCGCAGGAGGUCAUCGAGGAGCGCCUCAGCAAGCAGACCAAGCGAAACGAAGGCAAGGAAAGCCAGAAAAGACAACGCGUGAACUGGGCGCAGGUGACGAUGGCGCCGACCUCGAUGGAGCAAUUCGCACUCCAGGCGCAGCAAGGCAUUCUGCCGACCUUCGUUGGUCUGCCCAGUCUUGUGCCUGGCGGUCUCGGAGCUGCAGCUGGCGGGUUGCCUGGUCUGCCGUUCCCUCCCGCUGUCGGCUCUGCAGGGUUAGCGCCUGCGCUGCCCACUCCGCCAAGCAUACAGGGCCUCUUGGGGCAGACUGCGGGACAGUUGGCGCCUGGACUUUCCGCCGUCGCACCUGGAGGUAUUCCAGGUGGCUUGGGCGGUCCACCCGGUUUGGACGGAGCUCUCGGCAUGUGCUCUUCCAUGCCUGGAGGGGCGGUGCAAGGCUCGGUGGCAGCUCCCCCGCCUGGAAGGCCGCCUGUCAACUUCGCUGCACCGCCGCUACCAGCAAAUGUUGCGCUGUUGUACAACGAUGAUAUGAUUUCAAUGGAAGAACGGCGAGCUCAUGAGCAAUUCGGCUACAGAGAAAUUACUGCAUGA